ACACCAUCAAAACACACUCUCACUCAAUUCCACCCACCAUACACCUACGCACCCACUCCCACAUAACACUUCAAACCCAAUGUCUCAAUAAUCACCACCACAAUAACCACAACGACCACAACCCACCACCUAUCAAAAAAAGACACCUCCCAAAACCUCCGCGAAAGGCCAUCAAAAUGAACACCCAAGUCCACACCACCCUCACCACCCUCGACUCCGCCCUGCACACCCUCCUCACCACCCUGACCACCUCCCCGACCGCCUCCGGCGCCCCCGCCGCCGCCCUCGCCCUCCUCGCCGCCGACGACGCCCUCACCUCCACCAUCGACGAGCUGCGCGCGCACCAGCGCAACUACGCGCGGCUGCUGGGCCUGCGCGCCGAGGCGCAGGCCCUCGAGGAGAAAGUCCGGGGCAUCGUGCGCGAGGUCGUGGAGUUCGAGGGGGUGGUACGUGGGGUUUGUGGGGACUCGGACUCGGACUCGGAGGAGGAUGAGGAGGAUGAUGAUACUGUGUCUGAUUACGAGGGGGAUGGGGAUACGGAGAUGCAGGGUACGGAUUCUGCGUUUACUGGGAUGACGGGGUCCGGGGCGAAGCGGAAGCUGCGUGGCGUCAAGGAGGUGGAUUACAAGCUUCUUCUGGACUUUGCGCGCCGCAUUAGCAAGUAUAAUCAUCAGGCGGCGGCGGAUGCGGCGGCUGGGGCUGAGGAGCGGGUUGCGGCGGGUCAGGCUGGGAGGGGGUCGGUUAAGGAUGCGGAGAUGGGGGGGAUUGGGGCUGGAGGCGCGAAUGGGGAUGCUACUACUGCUGCUGAGCCGGUGGCUGAGGUCACGAAAGGGGCGACCUCGUGGUUGGAUGAGAGUGCCCAGUUGGCGAGGCAGGUGUAUAUGCUGCCGUAUCCGAUGGAGGAUCGCAUUCGCAUGGGGCUGAUGGGCCAGAUUCAGUUGGCGGCGGCGGAGGGUCGGCCGGGUUUUCAGGUCGAGGCGGAGGUGGAGCGGUUGAUUCGCGAGGCGGAGGGGUUGGGCGUUGCCGCGCCGGUGGCUGCGGCGCCGGGGCCGGAGGUCGCGGAGCAGGUUAGGCAUGCGGAUGAGGCGGCCAGGGCGGCGGCGUUGGCGGGCUCGUCUGCUGCUUCGGGGUCUGCUGUUGGUGGUGGUGGUGGUGGGAGUGGGAGUGGGGGUGGGAGUGCUAGGCCGGCUGCGGCGCCGCUGCCGGCCAAGCCGAAGGCUACGUUGGAUUUGGAUCUGUAUGAUCCCGAUGAGGAUGAUGAGUGA